AUGGCUCCCCGAGGUUUCGAGGACGAGGAGCUUACCAUUUCCCUAUCCUCCUCCCACGUUCGUCGCCCUCAACAGCAGCAACAACAGUCACAGCAGCAGCACGCUUCUAAUGAGGCUCCUGCACCCGGUUCCCGCCCCGCCGAUGCGCCGCUCAAGGAAAGGAUCAAGACGGAACAGCGCAUCGGCGCCUACAAGGUCCUUCGAACUCUAGGCGAGGGCUCUUUUGGAAAGGUCAAGCUUGCUAUUCACAAUGGAACCGGCCAGCAGGUUGCCCUCAAAAUCAUCGCCAGGAAGAAGCUUAUCAGCCGCGAUAUGGCUGGGCGUGUUGAGCGUGAGAUUGAAUACUUGCAGCUCUUACGCCAUCCUCAUAUCAUCAAACUUUUCACCGUCAUCAAGACACCCAAUGAAAUCAUCAUGGUCCUCGAAUAUGCUGGAGGCGAACUCUUCGACUACAUUGUUCAACAUGGCCGGAUGAAGGAGCCUGAAGCUCGCCGUUUCUUCCAGCAGAUGCUUUGUGCCGUCGAAUAUUGUCAUCGACACAAGAUUGUUCACCGUGACUUAAAGCCCGAGAACUUGCUACUCGACGAAAACCUCAACGUCAAAAUCGCCGAUUUCGGCCUAAGCAAUAUUAUGACCGAUGGUAACUUUCUCAAGACCAGCUGUGGCAGUCCCAACUAUGCUGCUCCUGAAGUCAUCGGCGGCAAGUUAUAUGCUGGUCCCGAAGUCGAUGUGUGGAGCUGCGGUGUUAUUCUUUAUGUUCUUUUGGUUGGUCGACUUCCCUUCGACGAUGAACACAUUCCAAGUUUGUUUGCCAAGAUUGCAAAGGGCACAUACAGCAUACCGCAAUGGAUGCCCACUGGCGCUGCAAAUCUCAUCAAGAAGAUGCUGGUGGUGAACCCCGUGCAUCGUGCUACAAUUGAGGAUAUCCGAGCCGAUCCUUGGUUCACCACCGACCUGCCCGCUUACCUUCAACUUCCCGUUGAAGAAUUCUUCAACACAGGCGUUGAUCCAAACAAAGCCAUUAAGAAGAACGACAUCGCGCCGAAUGCUUCAGAAAAGGUUCAAGAGAGACUGCAUAAUGAGGUCACUGAAAAGAUCAGUAAGACUAUGGGUUAUGGUAAGAGUGAUGUGGAGGAAGCGCUGCAGGCUGCCGAACCGUCCGCAAUCAAGGAUGCCUACAUGAUUGUAAGGGAAAACAAGAUGAUGCAAGUGAACCACAAUCCUGAAGCCCUUCUAGCAGAGCCCGAGGGAUCAAGCCCCAUGCUAAGCAUGUCUUCUGCCCGCUCAACGACUUCUCAAGCUACCACCACCCCUCGCCCGUACGUGAGCAAGGUCGGUAUCUUGCCUUCAAGUUUACCAGCUUACCACAAGGACUAUAUGGAGCGGGAGAAGGCCGGUAGCGUCGAAAACUCACCACCCAAAGUGCUCAUCAACGACGAACCUCCCAGCAACAGGACAGAUGCGGAAAAGGAAGAGACAGCGCGCCGUUUACGGCCCCACUCGAGAAGUCAGUUGCGUAUGGACGAAGCCAACACAAGGCCCCAAGGGAUGACUCCUAUUAACCCCCCUAAAAAGAAUAAGCCAGUUCGUUGGCAGUUCGGCAUCCGAUCACGUAACUCGCCAUGGGAAGCCCUUCUGUGCAUCCACAAGGCACUUCAUAAAUUGGGCGCGACAUACAUCCCCGAUGAAGAUUAUGAAACAAGAACUGCAGAAGAGCGAGCUGAAGCUUCAGGCGAAGGUAGCUUUGCGGAUUCUCACGAUAAUAACCGGGGCUCAAGUUCAAGCAUCGAUCCUAAGAAACGUUACAAUCUUCCCGCAGAUCCUUGGCACAUCAAUGUGCGCUGGGAUACUUCUGCCAUCAAGAAGAAGGCAGCCAGCGUUUCUGGCACUCCCAGCUCGCCGAGCACGCCAGAGGGCCAACAUCACCCCAAAGAGCCUUUCGUUGCGCUACAUAUGGACAUACAAAUUUACGAAAUGGAACAUGGCGUGUACUUGGUCGACUUCAAGUGCUCUGGAUACGAGACAGCCCAUGGCCGACUGCUCGAGGAAAAAGAUGUCACCAGUCCCUUUCCCUUCCUGGACAUGGCCGCCAAGUUGAUCAUGCAACUCGCCGAGGCUGAUUGA